UGCAAACUAAAAUAUAAAAUUUUGAUAUAAAUAGCAGACAAAUUUUCAAAUUAUUAUCAAGUACCCUAGUUCCCUUGACUACUACAGAGCCAAAAAAAAAUCAAAAAUGAAAUUUGUUAUCUUUUUCGCUAUUUUGGCUUUCGCCAUUGCCUGCGUUUUGGCCUGCGAUCCCGAUGGCAACAAUCAACCUGAAUGUACCAGUAAAAAUUUAAAUGUACCCGUUCGUAACUUCUGGGAUCCCACUCACUAUUGGUUGUGUAAAUCUGCUGGUGCCGCUGCUGAAUCUGUACGUUGUCCCGAUGCUGAAGGUUUCGAUUCAGCCAAGGGUGCUUGCGUACCCUUCGAUCAAUGGAAAUGGACAGAACCUUGCCCUUCUGCUUAAAUAUAAUGAUAAUUUGUUGAAGACAAAUAAAUGAAAAAACGUUUUUUAUGAAA